AUGGAGAUUUCACAGUUUAUGGGGCAGCAAGAAAAUGAAGCUAUUGAAAACUCCCAGGACAAAAAAGCAGGGCCACCACACAUGGCUUUGUCCCUUAUUUCAGCUUACCUUCCUCUGUUCGACCUUCUUGCCAUAAGCGGAGUUUGCACGUCACUGAGAGACGCAGUAAACAAGGAUGUAUUGUCAUGGCUAGAUAUUGCGGUCAAAUCGCCCUUGAACUUGAGGCUGUCCGAUGAGAUUUUGAUGAAAAUCACAUCCAAGGCGAAUGGCAGGUUGAGAACUUUGGCUCUAAUGGAUUGUGCGAAGAUAACAGAUGAUGGGCUUCAAAGGGUUGUAGAGCGAAAUCCUCUUAUCAACAAGCUCUACCUACCGGGAUGCACUGGCUUAACACCUGAGGGAGUCAUAGGAGCUGUGAAGACAUUGUCUGAACAUCAUCACGGUUUAAAGAGCCUAAUGAUCAAUGGUAUCUACAACAUAAACAAAGAACAACUCGAAACACUUCGGCCUUAUCUUGAGAAGAACCUGUCACAGCAAGAGCAGUCAGGAUCAUGGCCACUCCUAUUCCACGAGCACAGGGACGUGCCAACAUUCAGACAUGACAAAGGUUACACUACAAUCGAUGUCGAAGUUUGCCUGAAAUGCGACGAGGUUAGGAUGGUUUUCGACUGUCCAAGAAGGACUUGCAAGAGAAAGAUAGGAAGGUCAAUGAGUGAUUGCAGGGGAUGCAACUUUUGCAUUCCAAGGUGCCAAGAAUGCGGUGGAUGCGUGGACGACUCUGAAGAAGUAGAAGAGGCUGUGUGUGCAGAUAUCUUGUGUUCAGAUUGCUGGCUUCAGCUCCCCAAAUGUGACUUCUGCAACAAGCCAUAUUGUAAGCAACAUGCCCACAACGGGUCCUGUCCUCCCGGGUCAACAGGUUUCGUCUGUGAUGUUUGUUGUGCAAAUUUUAAUAUCUAG